AUGAGUGAUGUCGAGGCGGUCUCCUUACCCGCUGCCCUGGAUGUCGAUGUCGGUCAGAAUGUGCUCGCCACGGUGAAGCCGGACGCUCCAGGGUCUUCAUCACCCCGGAAGUCCGAGGCGGCGCCCACAUCGCCCUCGCGGCGGCCCAGCCCUGGAUCGCAACCGGUGGAAUCGGACGAGGAAGGUCCUCCCAGUCCAAAGGCCGAUUCAGAGGCAGAAACCAUCAUUCAGUCAGGUCGGGAAUCCUUAUCGCCAGAGAAGAAGAGGAAACACAUUCGACACGACCCCAUUCGCCAGGCAGUCGACGGGAUCGAUGGCAGCCUCCGCAAGAAACCGCGCAUCGAUGCCGACCGUGGCGAUCGCCCGUCCCGGGGCCCUCGGUCCUCACGCUUUCCGAGUCCAUCUCAGAGAGCUGGAUCCCCCUCAUCCGUCGUGAAACUCGAGAAAUCAGACGACUCGCAAUCCGUCACGCAUGAUGUUCUUAACCAGAGCAGUGCAAACGACGCGGAUCGGCCACGACCCUAUCGAAAGAGGAGUUUCAGCGAUAGCGUGGACGAGAAGAGAGAGUGUCGACGCGAUUCCCACACUAAUUCGACGAUCCGCGACCUCAAAAAUAAUAACGCCCAUUUCUCCCGACCUUCCUCAACGGCUCGUUCUGUCUCCCCUACCCGUUCAUCCCAUCAACGAUCGGUGUCAGGCUCACAUCUGCCCUCCAAGAAGAAAGCUCCCAUUCCUCUUACCGGAUUCCAACGGCAAGGCUCGGAAGACAGACAAUCAACUUCAUCCUCUGCGAGUGGGUCGCCAAUGCCCAGCGCUCAUUUCCGAAAGCUCGGCUCGGGGGCGGGUGCAUCGGCAUCCCCUGCGAAACAAAUGGGCCCCAAGAAGCUACGCGACAAGAGUGGCCGAACUCCUCUCGCCCGGGCAUGCGCGGAUAGAAAGUAUGACCAGGUGGUUCAGCGUCAUGGAGAAAGGCCUGAGGAUUUGAAUGUUCCCGACAAUGCCGGCAACACGCCGUUGCAGAUUGCAUCUCUCAAUGGCGAAGCUCCGAUUGUGAAGUUCUUGUUGGGUGCCGGGUGUGAAAUCAACACGAAAAAUAUCGACAAGGAUACUCCAUUGAUUGAUGCGGUGGAAAAUGGUAAUGUGGAAGUGGUAAAGCUGUUACUCGAUGCUGGUGCCAACCCUCGAACGGUCAACGCUUCCGGUGACGAACCCUACGAAUUAGUACCGCAGGAUUUGGAGAAGGAUGAAUACGAGGAAAUUCGGAAAGCGCUUGCCGACGCCAAAGCUAGCUCACGACCAGGUCGACGGUCUGAAGAGCAAAUCGGUCCGGAUACCAAGGUCUCUUCAAGACGGGCAUCAGUUGCGAGCCCCUCUCGAAGCCCUCCACCGUUAGGAGGCGCUGCAUCAAAUCGACGGAAGACUGGUCGCAGCGAGGCAACACGAAAUGAUCUGCUUUGGACGCAAGCAACAUCCGAGAAUUUGCGAGAUUUCGCCGCGAAGGGUGAUGAGGUUGGUGUUGUCAGCAUUCUGAAUAUUUUGCAAAAAGCAGACAACGCUUCCCUCAUUGCGGCCGCGAAAGGAGGCCACCACGAUGUCCUGUCUCUCAUGUACGCCAUGGGUGACGCCGAUGCCGAUCCGAAUCCCCUGCGCGGUCAAAAGCCAGGCUAUAAUACCCCCAUGCUCGCCGCCAUUGGGCGCGGAAAUACCGCUGUCAUCGAACUUAUCCUCUCUCAACCUGGUUUCAACCCGACCCGCCGUCUCUUCGAAGACCGAACCUAUUACGAGCUCUCUAGAUCUCGACAGGGUGAAAACUGGGAGGAGGAAUACAACAUCUUGAAGUCCGCAUAUGAGAAAUUUGGAGGUUCUGACAAAGGUCGCAAAGACUUGUCAUCACCACGACGAGCACGUGGUAAAGAGAGGGAAGAUAAACGCCCAGCUCGCAAAGAGUCAUCUUCACCUGUGUCUCGACCCAAGAAACUCAACGAAAGUCCGAACUCAAGUCGCCCACGAUCUGCUAAGGAGGUUCAAUUGUUGAAGGAAAAGAGGAUGGAAAAGGAGAAAGCUCGCACGAUGGGCCGCCCAAAGUCGUCUGCUCGUGACGGCGGCGAUGCCCGCGCUAGUUCAGAUCACGAUUCGAACCGCCCCGAUUCAGCGAAGCCUAAGACUGGCCUUUCAGCGCGGAGAGAUAGUGAAUCAAGUGGCGUGGCCCGAAUGGAUGAGGUGAAGAAGAGACGUCUCAUUGCUGGACGUCGACCUCAAGAACGGGAUCGUCGACCAAGCCUUUUCUCAUCAGAUUCUCUGUCAGGCCGUGAAGAACCACCCAAAUCUCGUCACGAUAAUGCCUCCGAUGCCAAUACUUCUCUCAAACGCAUUCGCGCCGAUGACGCUUCACCCGAAAGAUCGCGCUCUCGUGGGGGAGAUAGUGAUCAUUUGUCACCUGAGCGGAAAAUGAAGCGGCCGCGAGUUACUGAAGACAACGUGAAAGCAAUGCCAAACGGUGCUCCGAAGAAAUCAAGUGUGGCGAAUGAGAGUGAGAAGACUCAAGCUCGUCGACCACUUGAAGAUACUCCACGCGAUAACGCCGCACCUCGCAAACCUUCUCAUCCUCCGAAGAAACCAGAAUCAUCACAUCACGCUUCCGAAAACGCAUCUGCUGAUAAAAACGACGAGGUCAAGAAGGAGCCUCAAGAGCCGAACACGAGCUCAGUCGCCCAAGUACCAGCAGACGAUAAGCGAGAGGAACGAGAAGCAGAGAAACGCCGAGAAGCUGAUCGAGAGGCUGAAGCCAAGAAAGCGGAAGCCAAGAAAGCGGAAGCCAAGAAAGCGGAAGCCAAGCAAGCUGAAGCUAAGCAGGCCGAAGCUAAGCAGGCUGAAGCUAAGCAGGCUGAAGCUAAGCAGGCUGAAGCUAAGCAGGCCGAAGCCAAGCAAGCUGAAGCUAAGCAGGCUGAAGCUAAGCAGGCCGAAGCUAAGAAGGCCGAAGAGGAACGUAUCGCAGAGGAAAAACGCCGCGAAGCUGAAGCUGAAGCCAAAGCCAAAGCAGAGGCUCAGGCCAAAGCAGACGUUGAAGCUGCACGUGCUCGCGCUGCCAAGGAAGAAGCGGACAGAGCUGCCGAAGCUGCUCAAGCUGCUCGUGAGAAAGCCGAGGAAGACGACCGUAAGCGCAAGGAAGCCGAACAACGACGAGCCAAGCAAGCCGAAGACGAACGCCAGAAGAAAAUGGAGUACGAGCGAGCUCGCAUCAUGAAGAUGCGCCGCGAGGCGGAGGCCCAAGAGCAACGACGUCGUGACGCUCUCCCCGGCCGCCUUCGCGUCUCUGCCAACUACGUGGGCUCCAAUGAUUCCCGAGCUCGAAGCCAUGCCUGGCUCAAGAAUUUCCUGCCCUUAGUGACGGCGACUACCCGACAACUUGAGCCCGACUGCUCUCCAGAAACGGCGGACGAGAAGUGGAUCCCCAACUACUUGGUUGCACCCUUGCUGGCAACUAACGACCUCCAGCUUUCUCAAUACUCCAGCUGGGAAAAGCGCAAAGCCACGCCAACUCAGCGCGUAAACCUUUGGCGAUGCACACGUCGGAUGCUCGUCUACACCGACGACCCAAAGUAUCACAACGCAUCGUUCGCAGAGAUCAUGCAGCUGGACAACGAGACGCAGCCCAAGUAUUUCGACAUGGAACAUGUCUUCUGGAUCCGACUUUCUGAUUUCACGGAUCUCGUUCCGCAUAUCCCUCAUAUCCACGGACUCGAACUGGAAUUCGUCAGCAUGCACAUCGACCCUGAGCCUUCCAUAGCUCCGAGUGCAGCGGGUGGCUUCCAGCCCAACGGUCACGCCCCGGGCGCGUUUGCUACUGAGACAAAUGGCUCCAUGGGCAUUAACGGUCAUGGCUAUCCUCGACCCGGUACAUACUUCUAG